AAAAAAAAAAGGGCGCCAGGCCCAGGCUCGGCCGGUGUUAGCGCGCUGUGCACCUGUGUAUGACGUUAGGUUGGCGCGGGCUAUCGGCAUGACGUAUAUUUUUGCGGGAAAACAAGGGGGAUAUCGGAGACCGCGUUCACCCCGUCCGAAGGUGCCUCAUUAACGGACAUCGAAUGCUGAACGCCGCCAAUUCGUUCUCAUUUUAAACCCCGCGAGAGUUCUGUGCGAGGUGGCAGUCUCGGCGCGUGACGAACGUGCAACAUGGAUGAGGAGGUUGCUACGCUGUGGUGUGCUCGGUGAAUUCCAACGUUCCGAGACUUCGCGAGGCCUACGGUGUUAGCGGGGUGACCAAUGCCUCGUGUUGUUUGCCGGUUGAUUCGUGUGAAACGCGAGCUACACUUCUAAUCUUUUCUUUCCUACCGGCUCUGGCCGAACCCCUUUGAGAACGCUAUUUGAGUGUCCGCCCUUCGAACAGCGACACCACGACACUUCGACGGCUUGGCUUCCAUUCGACGAUCCCGUACAUUCGAAAACAGAUGGAACGCACACCGGCAAGGUCCACGUCUUUCCUCGCGGUGCACAAGACUCCCUGUGUGCUCCAGUCCACUCCCAUCUCUGGUUCAUCCCCAGAGAGUGGGUACUACGAUGGCUACUCUACAAACCGCAGCUCCAAUUUCAGCCCCUCUUCGGUCCUCCUAAGCGAAGAUGACAGCCGCUGUGCCUCUUCCAUCAUGCCAUACAGCGGGGACCCCGUGGCACAGCUGCUUCGCCUUCCCGAAGCCAAGGAGAGCAGACCUCACGUGGACAUCCUCAAGGAGCUCCAAAGUUUCAGGCCGGUCGUGUGUAAGAUACUGGGGUAUCUGUCCACGCCGGACCUGGUGCGUGCUAGUCAAGUCAGUGCACAGUGGCGCAGGCUGUGCUUUUCCAUACCCGAAGAGGAACAGCGCGUUCAGGCAUACCUCAAGGAGAAAGAAGAGCACUACGAGUCGUCCAGGGAAAACAUCUACGAGCACAAGCCACCCGAGAGGGAGCCGUCGAGUGCUCCUCCCCUGACGGUGCACAAUGCCAGAGCGGAGCAAAAUUCAAACGGGCAAGCCGGAAAGAAUGAGGAAGCAAAGUCAAGGCUAGACUUGUUCAGAGAGGAGGCCAAGCACCUUCGGCAAGGCGAAUGGCUCUGGCCCUGUCCCAUCUGCCAGUAUCCGAGCCGGGUGACCGAUAACAGCACUGCCGGCACUUGCAAAUGCGGCUACCGGUUCUGCCCCAAGUGUCGCCAGGACUACCACCUGCCCAAGCCAUGCGUCGCCACCUCCGGGCAAGUCUCAUUGCGGUCCAAAAAGAACAUCAUCGGCAGCAAGUACUCGAAGCGUCAGCUGCGCCGCUUAUGACCGCACACCCACAGCAUCUGACAUCGUCGCUGCAUCCCGCUGCAGUCUUCAAUGCGGGACCAGCUGCGAAAGACUGAACUACUCUGAGGGGUUGCUGCACAGUGACUUGUGUGCAUGUGACAAACUCCCCGGUUGAGUUUUUAAGUGUUUAUUUUUUUUAUAUAUACAGCUGACUACUUAGUUUUUAGUACUUUUAUCGGCGAUGAACGGAUGAAAGUCGGCCUUCAUUUUUAGUGCCUUUACCCGUGACGUGCAGAGAGUCUGCUAGUAUUCUUCUGCGUCACCGCCGCGCGCUACAUAAAGUCGGCGGAUUCAUAGUCUUGUGCCAGUCACAUUGCCAAAAGUUCUGGCAGUGGCAUUUCCAAAACUCUUAUUCCAUUUUAACCUGCAUGCGGUAAGGCAUGGAUCCUCAGCGACAGUGGCCAUAACGUCCACACCCCUCUGCCUGUUACGAGCUUGGCUACUUAACGGGCCGACGUUUGCGGCUUUCUAUUGAAAUUGACUACCGUCGUUACGGACACUAGCCAAGCCAACCCUCCCACGAGUCGCUGCGACACCUGCAAAGGUAUGCACAUUCCGUUACGUGACGCGCUUGCUGGCAGGCUCUCUGCGACGUUUCCUGCCUUCACUCGCGCGGCUUCUGUGAAGCCCAACGGUCAUCACUGUACAAACCAUCUCAUCACCGCACUUAACAGGCAGGAAGUAUUCUGUACAGCCCAUGAGCAUCCCAUGUACAUAGUGUACAUAGUAGAGUGAAUGUGAACCGGUGUGUGUAUAUACCGUACACAGUACCUGAUGCGAUCUCGGUGUACUAGAGGGAUGGGGCUUCAGGACUGACCAACAGUGCCAAGCUACUCUUCCAGCUCCCUUUUGCAGUGGAGGAAUUAAAAGCUGUCUACCUCGAUCAACAAGAUUGGAUCACAGUGCCUUUCUC